AUGGAUUGGAGACAGCGUAGAGUUGUCACUGGAGUUAAAACCAACAAAGAUGUGGUCAGCCUCUCUUGUUCAGGUAGUUGCUGGGCAUUUGCAGCUGCUGCAGCCAUUGAAUCAGAACAUGCAAUAGCCACAAGGGAACUUAUUACCUUUUCUGAACAACAACUCAUAGAUUGUGAUUCCAUGAGCCAAGGUUGUUCAGGAGGAUGGCCGUCUAAUGCCUUUGAUUGGGUUAUAAAAAAUGGUGGGAUUAGCAGAGAAGAUGAUGGAAUUCAUGAAGGUGAGGAUUGUCCCAGGGAAUCAAACAAUUUGACUCAUGCUGUUUUGAUUGUUGGGUAUGAUUCAAAUGAUGGAAAAGAUUAUUGGAUUGCGAAAAACUCCUGA